AUGUGUGUGUCCCUAACUUAUAACACGACACAGAAGGGAGAAGCAUAAGGUUAUAGUGCCUUCGGGACUUUUUCCCUAUUUUUCCUUCUACAUUCCACGAAGAAUUGAAGAUGAGGAGUGCUACUUCAGCCAACAUUAACUUGUACUUUGUUAUUUUUUUAUUCUUGCUGCUUGGCCAUCCUGUAAAAUCAAUGAAAACGCAAGAUGAUUCUGCCAUUUUUAAACAUCAAUGCCGUAGUUAUCAAGCAGAUUUUUACUUUAAUGAUCGCCUAUCAAACGGAAUACUACAAGCGACUUCGGGAAAUCCAGCCACGGCUCAUAAAGUCAGAAAGAAUGAUGCCAAAGUUUCAGAUGGACCACAGGUUUAUGAAACGAAUCUUUGCACUGAUGACAGUUAUUGUGCUGAUCUUUACAAGUGCUGUCUUAUUCAACGAAAUAACUACGACCAGUGAGAUAAGAAGAGUGAAAUAUACAGAAAGAGAGAUGCAGUACUGCGAGCAACUCCGGCAGAAGUUUUCCAUCAUCACUUCAACCAGUACUGAAAUCAGGAACAUCACUGAGGAUCUCUUAACAUUGAUGAGGUGUCCACCAAUGUCCAAUAUCACCCAGAAAGAACUUAACAGAGUAAGACUGCGUUCCUAUUGUAAUGCAACAGGUGUUUUAUACUAUACAAAGCAGAACACAGCUGUCAAUCAAAGUGUUCCAUAUGAGACGAGCUCAAAACUGACAUAUAAAAUAAAUGAGGAACUUCACGACAUGCUUCCUGAGGAUUUUCCCUGGAGUAAACAGCCUAUUAGUCACUGUGCUGUGGUUGGGAGUGGAGGGAUUCUGAAGAAUAGUAGCUGUGGAAGAGAGAUCGACACUGCAGACUAUGUUAUCAGGUUUAACAUGGCUCCCAUUAAUGACAGUGAUGUUGGGCUAAAGACUGAUUUACUCACCAUUAAUCCUAGUCAGCUCACACGCUACAAAAAUUUGAAGUCUAAUCCAGGUCCAUUAGUGGAGCGUGUGAGCGUGUAUGGUAACUCGUCAAUCAUCGUUCCAGCCUUUGCAUAUUCAUACCACACUCGGGUAUGCGUAGAUACGCUCAAAGUGCUUCAGUCAAUCCGACCUCAACAACAUAUGGUCUUCUUUUCCACCAGUUACCUGAAGAACCUGGCUGGUUUCUGGAAGAGGCAGGGCCUGAAAGCUGUUCGUCUCUCCACCGGGUUCAUGUUAAUUAAUGUGGCACUAGAAGUGUGUGAUCACGUGCACGUUUAUGGAUUCUGGCCAUUUGACACCAAUCUGGAGCAGCAGGAAAUUCCACAUCACUAUUUUGACAAUGUAGGACCCAAACAUGGCGUUCACGCAAUGCCAAUAGAGUUUCUCAACUUACUGAAGCUUCACAGCCAGGGGGCGCUAACACUGCACCUACAGCCCUGCUUAUAACAGAGGUUCUCCUGUUGAAUCUGAAUGUACUGUAUUAUUUAAUGGUUGGUUGGUGAGGAGGGAGGCUGUGAAUGUUUAUUACUUUUGGUCUGCUCUUUGGUCUAUAAAAUUAUUUAAAUAUUUUCUAUUUUGAAUUGUGAACUUGGACAAUUAACUCCUAUAUAUUUUUAAAUAAAUAAAUUUGGGGUUAUCUUCUGUGCGGAGUUUAUACUUCACCCUGGGUUAAUAAUGAUUCCUGAAUGUGUUUAGAGUUUAUUGUUACAUAUUGUAUUUAAAAACAUACUUUUUUGCUUAUUUAUGAGAUUGCAAACAGAUUUCUGUUUGCAGAACUAUUAAGUUUUCUAUUUAAGCGGUUACUUUGAUUUGUGCGAAUGUUUCUGCAAGUUUUUCGCUAAUUUUCCUCAAACGGUAAAUACAAAUCCUAUUUUGUUUCAUCACCUGGCAGCCACCUUACCACAGGGAGCUCGUUCACUCGUAGCAUUGUGUUUUAAUGGUGCAUGUACUUUUAAAUGAACUAAACUUGCUCACAAAUUUUAUUAACGUGGCUAUAAUUCUGGAUGCUUUAACAUGUUUCAUGAACAUUAUUCAUAAGUAUGCAGUGUCAUAGGUACAUCUUUGACAUUUAUAACAAACCAAACCAUUUGAAAAUCGGUAGAAAAUUGAGCAAGUUAUGGUCAUUUAAAAGU